GUUCAACUGGUACGAGUACUGGCGCCCUGUGGCACCUUUGGUCCUUGCGCGCGAACAGACGCGAACGCCCUUGGCAAUUGCAAGCCUACGACUGCUCUCAGGCUAGCGUAGCUGACAGGCAGUUGUACAUAUACGGGUUGCGUCCCAACGAGUACGUAGAGUACUGGAGUUGAAGCACGGCCUCUCAAGAAUCGACUCAUGCCCGAGCCACAAAGUGCUCUACCAAGUACAUAGCUGCAGCAAAAACAGUACUCCAACAGGACUCGGGCUUCAGAGCAAUGGACACCAGUCGCGACAUCCGUCCCCCAUCCCCACUCCAUGAUGCAGUCCUGCAACAUCUUCCCCUUGAGGACCCUAUAGCUCUACGAAGGUGCCUCGUCAAGCUACAUUGUCUCGUGAACUCGACAGUACCGAUCAACACGUUGCCCGCCGAAGUGCUCGCGGAGAUCCUCCGAUUUGCACGUCUGCGACGUCCCCCACACUGGUCUUUCACCACGGUACUGCUCGUCUGCCAUCAUUGGUAUGACAUCGCAAUAUCGUGGCCGAGCCUAUGGUCCGACAUAACGAUUGCCAUGCCGCUGCGUAUUCUGGAAGUGUACUCAAGUCGAUCGCGCGGCGCUGGCCUCUCUCUCACGACCCAGGGUGGACGCACCGCUAUCGGGGCUCCCCCAGAUGCCCUACUGCGUGCGCUCUCCCCCCACUUCCAUCGGGUUGCGCAAUUAGACACGUGCAGCUCUCAACCCUGGAUCGAGCAUCGCAUGGAACAGCUGUCUUCCCUGAUCGUCAAUGAUGACAUUAUCAAUCCGCUGGCCCGCUUUGCGCCAGCGAGAUCGCAAGUUAUCACUCUAGCUGGUGACCGAUUUCCACGACUGGAAUCCCUCAUUCUCCGCCAGCUUAGAGUUCAAGUGAACUUAGCCAACUUACGCUCGCUCACGUCGCUCACAAUGGAGCGUGUAUCGCACGCUAGCUGGAACGCACUGCUUGUCGCACUAAGCAGUUGCCCGGCUCUGCAAUACCUCGAAAUCGACUCUCCCAAAGUACAUUCUGUGACUUUCCCUACGCAUGGCAACAGUGAUGUCAUCAAGUUGCGGUACCUCCGAGGCCUCAUUCUCGACCAUUUCGACGAACACUCAGGCCUAUCGUUUCUUCUCGCACAUCUAUAUCUCCCACGCGCUGCGAAAAUUGCUAUAUCCACGGACAUGGGAGAAGGCCACGACCUGGUGACAGGGGGGUUUAACGAACUAUCAACACUGAUCGCAGACACCAUCCCUGUUAACAAGACAUUUCUACCCGUCUUCUCUGCGAUACGAGACGUACAGGUCACGGUUAGCAGUCCUCGGCUACAAGUGGUGGUGUCUACGCCGAAAGAGGCUCCCGCAAGCACUCCGUCCACGUCGUUCGCCUUGUCAUGUACUCUGCGAGACAGGUGGAAUACGAGAGCUGUUCAAGAGCAGAUCAUGCUCGAGUUGCCGAUGGUGUUUCCUGCGUCUUUGUCAACACUGCACAUAUGUGUCAAGGACGACGAUGAUGGCAACUAUUACGGGCCAUACGGUGUUAACCUCGCUGAGGUUUGGAGGGGUUUGUACGACGCAUUCCCACAAAUCGAAGACCUAUGCCUUGGCGGCCCUAAUGCAAUCUUCUUCGACGAUUUCCUAGGCGAUUUUGGGCCUGGUGCUUCACUACAGCAUCUGCCACUGCCAUGGCCAAAGCUGAAGCGUGUUUGGUUUGAAUACACUGCGACGGCGGAUGGGGCGCUGCUGGGAGGGCCUGACGAAUCAAUGCGUAUCAUAUUAGCAAUUACUACCACGAUGUGCAAUCGUCGAGACGCCGCCUCUGCGGAACCCUUGCAACAUCUGACGGUGAUACUUCCAACGCUGGGGGUUCAAGUGGGGAUGUGCCUCUCGAGAUUGCGGAGCACAACGCAGAAACUCGUUGUUCGCGAUAUCCGUGGACAGGGAAUCGUGCUGGAAAACUGAGGUCCCCCGAGUCGUUGCAACUUCAAGUGGGCAUCGGCGUCGUAUGAAGGCCAGGACUGUGACUUCGGAGGAGGUAUCGGUCGUCCAAGUUACUGGAGACGUGUUAACGUAAAUUCAUGUACAUUAUGAAGAUGGUACGAUCUCUUUGCCAUCGCCUCUGUUAUCCUGGGCAGCCUUCGGCGGUUGUGACUCUGAGGCUCUGCGUCGGGAAUUUCCAUAUAUAGGAAUUGAUGCGCCAUCA